AUGAAUCCGAAAAUCAAACCGAAGAUCAGGAAGUUGUUUGCAGGCGGAUCGCUGUUCCCGUGUAUUAUUUUUUACAUUGUCGGCCUGUCAUGGUUUCUACUCUUGUCUCAAGACGAGUUGAACAAUGAAACGUAUCUCAGCGAAAACGCUCUGCUUGUCGGUCAAGUUGUGGAGAGAUUUGAUGAUCUGGAAUCUAUCAACCAGUUCUAUGAAAACGCUCGAAAGCUUACAGAUCAAACCCAUGGUGAUACAACAAAACUCCAAAAAUGGAUUGCCAAGCAGCUUGAUGCCAUUGGUUUAGAAGUCUACAUGCAAAAUUUCACCUUUUCUCAUGAUGUGUUGUAUCCAAUUAAAUCGAUAGAAGGAACAAACCUAUAUGGAAUCAUGCGAUCACCAAGUGGUGGUCGAACGGAAGCCCUCUUACUAACCGUUCCUCUGCACUCAUCUACCGCGGGUAGCGUGGCCUUAGUGCUUUCGUUACUGAAGACAUUAAGACAGCAGAUUUACUGGGCAAAAGAUAUAGUCGUGGUCUUUCCGGAGUCUGAAUAUACCGGUCUACUGGCUUGGAUCGAAGCGUAUCAUGGAGGGGAAGCGACAACCCAUCUCUCUUGGACAGAAUUGGAGGGUCGAAGUGGCAAUAUUCAAGCCGGUCUCAAUCUUGAAUUCACUACACCGGAUAUUCAAUCUGUGGAUAUUUUCCCGGAAGGAGUGAACGGUCUCCUGGCAAACUUGGAUUUGGUCAAUACGGUCGUUAGGAUUGCCCAUAAGCACUCCAUUCAGUCGGUCGUCAACGGUCAGCCUUUCUACUUCCUCAGAGGGGAUUUCGACUCUCGCGUACAAGAUGUGUUCGGUUUGGCUCAAGCCGUUUGGACACAGGCUCCUGGAUCGCCAGCCGGAUUACACGGUUUACUUAUCAAUUAUCAAAUCCCGGCGGUCACUUUACGCGGACCGUCACCCUAUGUGUUUUUUAAAAGUUCACGUAGUCCGGGCAUAAAAACUGGAAAGUUUCUCGAAGGUAUCUUGCGAUCAUUGAACAAUCUUCAGGAACGAAUGCAUCAGUCGUUCUGGUACUAUUUACUUCCCAGUCCAUUGCGUUACAUCUCGAUCGGAGUGUACAUGCCACCGGUGCUGAUUCUGAUCGGGAGCCUUCUGAUCAAAUAUAAAAUGUUCCUACAAGACUGGGUUGGUCCAGCACUCAGCCUCACUCUAAUUGGGGAAGGAAUUGAGCAAGUGGAUGAGUUUUGUUAUUUGGGUAGCCAUAUCUCACCCGUUGGACGCAUCACGGAUGAAGUGUCAGCUCGCAUACAAAAGGCUCGGUUAGUAUUUGCCAACUUGAGACGUCUGUGGCGCCGUCGCGACAUCCGAUUGUCUGUGAAGGGUUGA